AUGUGCGAGGAACGGUACCGUCUCGUGGUACUGGGAUCCGCCAAAGUGGGCAAGACCAAUAUUGUUCGACGCUAUUUGUACAACGACUUCUCCAACAAGUACAAGGAGACGAUUGAGGAUUUGCACUCCAGAGAAUUCCGCAUCCAGGGUAUCCCAUUACCACUGGACAUUUUGGAUACCAACUUCAACUUUCCUGAUAUGCGACGUCUUUCGAUCGCAUCCGCUUCGGCGUUUCUUCUUGUCUUCUCUGUGGAUGACGUUACAAGCUUCAAGGAGAUGUCGGAUUUGUGGCAAGAGAUUUGCACGCGUCGCUCCGAUCUCAACGAGCUGCCAAUAGUGGUAGUUGGCAACAAGUGCGACGUGGAGAACAAAAAGAUCUUCGAGGACACUGCGAAGGCCUUCACAAGCCGCUUGUCAUCCGACGUGCGAUACGUUGAGGUGUCGGCAAAGGAUAAUAUCCGGAUUACUGAGAUAUUCCGUACCCUGCUCGAGUUGUCCGGAUUCCCACGAUGCAAAGCUGGAGGCGGUGGAUUGGACGAUGUCGCUGAGGAUGAAGAGACUAAGAAUAGUCCCACUAUCAGAAGAUCGGCUACUGUUCGAGCCAAAUCGAGCUCCAAGAGGGAGAGUCGUAGAACUUAUCUAGAGGACGAAAAUAAAGCCGGCUCAACGAACGGCGGUGCUCAGUCGUCGCCAUGCGAGCAGCCACAGCUCGACAAGCAGGUAUCUCACCCCGUGCUCGCCGUGCCGCUUCAUCUUGGCGAUCUGAAGCGAAACCUUUCAUUGAGAAUGAAAUCACCACGUCGUGACAAAGAACAAGUCGAGCGGAAGUUGUCGGAUGAGCAGCCAAAACAACUCUCGCGCAGCUCAAGUCUCAUUAGACGUACCAAACAUCUCUCGCUCAAAAUGCGUCGUCAUGGAGAGAAGAGCAACAAGGAGGAGGUCGUCGACGAGAGUGAUUGCAAGAUUCAAUGA